UCUGUCUCUCUCUCUCUCUCUCUCUCUCUCUCUCUCUUUCGCUCGCUCGCUCUCUCUAUCUCUCUCUCAUUGAACCUACACGCUCCCCUUUUGCUCUCCCGUUACCUCGGAUUUAAACCAUUGAGCUGCGUUCCACAGAGAUGUCUACUCCAGAAGCAUCCACACCGGGGACACCAGGGGCCCCGGAGGGAGAGGGGGGGCCACCAGCACCGGCCCCCAACCUCACCAGUAACCGACGACUACAGCAAACCCAGGCACAAGUGGACGAGGUGGUGGACAUCAUGCGCGUAAAUGUGGACAAGGUUCUGGAGAGGGACCAGCGGCUCUCUGAGCUGGACGACCGGGCCGAUGCCCUACAGGCUGGCGCCUCACAGUUCGAGAGCAGUGCUGCCAAGCUCAAGAACAAGUACUGGUGGAAAAACUGCAAGAUGAUGAUUAUCAUGGCAGUUAUAGGUGUUAUAUGCGUGGGAGUUGUCUUCUUGUAUUUCUUCUAUUGAGCGGGUCUCAGCCAUACAGAACGGACAAGCCUUUCUCCUCUUUUGAGUCUCUUCAUCCCUGUGUCAGCCGUUUUCCGUCUCCUAAUCCAUCCCUUUUCACUGAUGCCUGCCUCCUCAAUGUACAUUUUCUGUCAUUUCAUAACCAUGUAUGAAGGACUGACUGAAUGCGUUUUCCAGAGUGCUCUUGAUGUCUCAACCUCAUUGUUGCCCUUCCCUCUCUGAUGACUCUUUUUAGACUCUGUGUGCUCCUGCCAUGGUGACGCCAUGUUUGUAAUAGUGUUUAGUGUUUUACCUCGUCUUGUUAACCUCCAUUUUCCCGUCUAGUCAUUCUGUGGGUCUGUGGUCACUAUGUUCACACUAGCAUAUCUCGCUCCAAUGUGAUGUGGUUACUGUAAAGAGAAAUGUUUUACGUUACACUGAGAGAAAGGAUGAAGUGACAUUAUCCAAUAUUGACCUGGGAAUAACAAUCUCCAUUCUACAGACAAUUGUCUGUCGACAAAUAAUCGUCUGUAUAGAAUUCUAAGUAAAGUCUGAGCUUGAUGGAAUAUUUUUGAUAAGUCGCUUUGAUUAUAUAUCUGCAAAAGCAUAAGCUGUUUGGUUGGCAUGUGCUUGUUCUAAUAA